UGCUCGGCGGCGGCGGCGGCGUCGGCGUCGCUGGGUUCGGCGGGGGGGCUGAGCCGGGUGGGCCAGCUGUUCCGCGGGAAGCGGCAGAAGUUCCGCGUGAGCCGCGAGGCGCCCACCUACACGGUGCUGUACCUGGGCAACGCCACCACGCUGCAGGCCAAGGGCGAGGGCUGCACCGACGCCGCCGUGGGCCGCAUCUGGGCCAAGAGCGAGGCCGGCCGCCUGGGCGCCAAGAUGAAGCUGACCAUCGGGCCGCAGGGCCUGCGCCUCGCCCCCGCCGCCACUGCCUCCUCCCCGGCCUCCUCCGCCGCCGCCCGGCCGGGCCACCUCUACCUGCUGCACCGGGUCACCUACUGCGUGGCCGACGCGCGCCUCCCGCGCCUCUUCGCCUGGGUGUACCGGCACGAGGUGAAGCACAAGGCCGUCCUCCUCCGCUGCCACGCCGUCCUGGUCUCCAAGGCCGAGAAGGCCCGCGCCAUGGCCCUCCUCCUCUUCCAGACCUCCGCCGCCGCCCUGGCCGAGUUCCGCCGCCUCAAGCGCCGCGCCGACGCCCGCCGCCAGCAGCUCCAGCAGGCCGGGCCCGCCGCCGACGCCGCCCUCCCGCUCCUGCCCCCCCUCCGACGGCGCCUCCUCCUCCUCCACGGGCCCGCCGCCUCCUACAAGCCGCCCGUCGAGCGCAGCCGCGGCGCGCCCAAGCUCGGACCCAUCACCGAGGACGCCCUGGGCGAGGAGCUGGAGGAGCGCGCCGCCCGCCGACACCCACCCCGCCGCCCCUACCACGGCCGGGCCCAGGACCAGGACGACGACGACUCCGACGAGGAGGAGGAGGACGACGAGCUCCUGGCCCCGCUGGACGACGGCCGGCCCGACGGGGCGCCCAGCCUGGGCGCGCUCAUCUGCGGCCUGGGCCAGCUGGCCAUCGGCAACGACCCGGCCCUCCUGCGCGCCGACCUCCGCGUCACCCGCCUCCUCUCCGGCGAGAGCACCGGCAGCGAGUCCUCCAUCGAGAGCAACGGCCCCGACGGCGGAUCCCCGCCCCAGCCCCCCGCCGCCGCCGCCCGCGACAGCCCCCCCGAGCCAGACACCGGCUGAGCCCCGCGGCCGCCGCCUUCGGGGACGGAAAGCAAGCGGGGGGGGGGGCGCUGGAGGGAGAGGGCCAUUCCCCCUCCCUCUAGAGCC